CCAAAACAAAAUUUGUGUGAAUUUGCGGAUAUCGUGGAUUUCGUUGGACUAUUUUUUUUUUUAUUAAUUUGUUAUCAAUUUCAUUAAAGCGUGUCUCAAUAUACAUCCUACUCAGUGCAAGUGCAACUGUAUGUUGUUGUAGUGCACUGGCAUAAAUUGCAGUGUGUUGUAUUUUGUGUUAAUCUUAAGCGAAAAGUGUUUUACUGUAUGGAAAGCAGCACCUCAUCUCCAAACUGACCACAUCAGAACACAAAAUACGGUUUUGGCAAGCGCAAGGGAAAACUUUCACAAGCAAAACAAAAACAAAUCGAAUUACAGAAGCGGGUAGUGAGGAGUAACUCAUCAUAAUAGCUAAGUUAUAGCGGCGUACAUGCAAAUUAUAGCAUAUCAUUUGCAACCACUUGCCCAGUAGCAAAACAAACAUGUCGACAGAAGAGCCUGAUUGGCGUCAAUGCAUUGCAGGACGCUUACGCGAAAGGAGUCGUAUUGAGACGAGAGGCAAGGAAAUCAUUCUGCAAAAUAACCGACUACUCGAUCAGGCUACCCAAUUAAAGGCAGACAAUUUAAAAAUUUCAGUUGAGAAUGAGCAACUACGCACGGCGCUUUCAACAGGUGGCGGAAAAGACGCUUCAGGAGCACAAUUAGCUAUCGCAGCUUUAGAGAAGAAAUUACUGGCACAACAAGAAGAGCUCACAGAUCUGCACAAACGUAAAGGCGAGAAUUCUCAAAUGAUUGUCGACUUGAACGUUAAUCUCGAAAAACAGAAAAAACUAAUUGCUGAAAAAGAUCUAAAACUCACCGAACAACAAGCUGCCAAUAAUUCAUUGCGCGCAGAAGUAGCAAUGUUGCAAUCAAGCUUGGACCAGUUAAAGAAACUUAAUACAACAAUGCUAGACGAACACACUGCUCUGCAGUUAGCGUUUAGCUCAUUGGAAGAGAAACUGCGUGCCGUACAGGUGAGUUAG